UCUCUUCUAUCCGUUUCUUUCCAUCCAAACAUACCCAUUAAUGGCAUUGCUUUCAAUUCUCGUUCUCUUCUUCCUUCCUCUCCUAUCUUUCCUACUUCUCAAAGGAAAGAAGAAAAAUGGGAAGGGAUUCAAGCUUCCUCCUUCCCCACCUGGCCUUCCCAUCAUAGGCAACUUGCACCAAAUUGGUUCACUUCCUCACCGCACUGUAGCCCAGCUUUCUAAGAAAUAUGGUCAGGUCAUGGUUCUCCACUUUGGUAGGACUCCUGUGGUUUUCGUCACUACCCCUGAAAUGGCAAAAGAAGUCUUAAAGAACCAAGAUGCCAACAUGUGUAGUAGACCUCCCCUUCAAGGCCCUAGAAAGAUUUCCUACAAUUUCAAGGAUAUCUCUUUCACUCCCUAUGGAGAGUGGUGGAGAGAGAUUCGCAAGAUUUGUGCUCUUGAGCUUCUUUCUCCUAAGGCUGUUCAGUCUUAUAUGUUUGUUAGGGAAGAAGAGAUUGCUCUUAUGGUUGAUUCCAUUACCAAGGUUUCUCCAGCUCCUGUUGACCUCUCUGAGAAGUUAGCCUCUAUCACAAAUAAAGUGAUAAGCAGAACUGCUUUUGGAAAGGUUUAUAAAGGAAAAGACCUUGAUAAUGGUAAGCUCACUGAAGCUGUUGGUGAGGUCCUGCUCUGCUUGAACAACUUUUCUAGAGAGGAUUUCUUUCCCACUUUUGGGUGGAUCAUUAACAUGCUCACAGGAUACACUGCAAGGAUUGAUAGGGCUCUCCAUAAUAUGGAUAAGUUCUUUGAGAAAGUUAUUGAGUAUCACCUUGAUUCUAAUAGGCCGAAGCCUGAUCGUGAAGACAUCAUAGAUGUCUUGCUCCGACUACAAAGAGAUCAGUCCAGUAGAGUUCCCAUCACCAAAGACCAUAUCAAGGGAGUACUCAAGGAUAUAUUGCUUGCUUCAGUGGACACAGGUGGUCUUAGCAUGGUGUGGGCAAUGACAGAACUUGCAAGGCACCCAAGAGUGAUGAAAAUGGUGCAGGCUGAAAUCAGAAGCUAUGUUGGAAAUAAAGGGAAAGUCGAUGAAAGUGAUAUCGAAAGCCUUCAUUUCUUUAGAGCUACAUUGAAGGAGAGCUUGAGGUUGCACCCACCUUCCCCUCUAUUGUUUGCUAGAGAAACCAUGAGUGAUUGUAAGUUAGAUGGUUAUGACAUUCCCAACAAAACAAGAAUCCAUGUUAAUGUUUUUGCAGUCCAGAGGGAUCCAAGAUAUUGGAAGAACCCAGAUGAAUACAUCCCAGAGAGAUUCAUAGACAAUCCAAUUGAUUUGAAUGGGCGAAGCUACGAGUAUUUUCCAUUCUCAUCUGGUCGAAGGAUUUGUCCUGGAAUUACUAUGGGACUAGCAAUUGUUGAACCCAUACUAGCAAAUCUUUUGUAUAGCUUUGAUUGGAAACUGCCCAGUGGGAUGACAGUUGAAGACAUCAACAUGGAGGAGUCCUUCAAUCUCUCUGUCAACAAGAAAACACCUCUCAUUUUGGUGCCCAUUCCCUAUGAAUGCAAAACAGCUUGAGUAGUGCCUAUGGCAAGUGGCUCUCGAAACCUAUUUGCAUGGCCACUGUCCCGUCGGUAUACCAACGUCUAUGUCUAUCUCUAUCUUCUUUGCCUUGAAAAAGUUCCAUGUGCUCUUUCCAUCCCAGUGUUUCUAUAAGUUGAACCGCUAGCUCCAAGAAAGAAGACAGCAUACCUAAUCUCUUACCUAUUUUAUAAGUGAAAAAAAUAAUAAAAAAAAAAUAUGAGUGUAAGAUAUCUUGCUUGCUUAGCCACACCUUUUCCAUAAAUAAUAAUGGCCUAUUGAAUGAUUAUAUAUUUUAAAUUCUCUCAUCCUUAUCCAUGCUUUAACACUUUGAGCUUGAGGCUUGCCAUAUCUGUGUGCCUAAUUUGUAUAUUUUAUUCAAAUGAUUGCAGAAUAAAGAUAACUUUUACAUAGCCUUUA